GUCAGUUCAAAUCUUGGCCAGCACCUGUAAAGACGUGUCCGAAACCAAAAAACUCCGCGACAACUGUUAAUCGUUUUGUGUUAGAUAAUACUAAAGUGCAACAAUAUGUCGGGAUUGCGGAAUUGCAUUCUGCUUUUGAUCGCCUGCAACGUGUUGCUGGCUGUCAGCGUGUCGGCCAAUAAGCAAAAGAAACAUCAAAACCAAGAAAUCUGGGAACAAGACCUUUCGGACACCUUUAAAAUCGAGGGCAGCGACCAGGGCAUUCAAAAGGUGAACCUCAAGUGCGGAGCCGACUCAAUGAACGUGGUGCUGGAGACGGAAAAGCCCUUUACGGGUGUGAUGUACACGCGUGGCAGCUUCUACAAACAGACGGCGCCGUGCUUCAUGAAGCCCACUUCCAGCCAGGGAUCCCGCUCCAUAGAGAUGAACUUCCAGCUGGACCAGUGCCAGACAUUGCGAGAUGGUGACCUCUACACGAACAUCGUGGUGAUCCAAAACGAUCCCGAGCUGAUCACCCCAGGAGACUCGGCCUUCUCGUUGGAGUGCGACUUCCGGCAGCCGCGCAGCUUGGAUGUGGAGGCCAGCAUGCAGGCCAGAGACAGAAACCCCCAAAAAUUGCGCGGAGCACGCGGUGGAGCCCGCCAGCGCCAAUAGAAACCUUUCAGCCACUUUAAGAUCUUCCCUCUUCGACUACAAUCACCUCCAAAAGCUGUACAGAAGGUACAAGAGAGAAGAUGAUGUUUUUUACUGUUCCCCAAAACCUAAUCCCAGCCAAGUAGCGCAUUACUAACCUUUAGUAGAAUAGUUUGGAGACACAAUAAUGGUGUGGUCAAAACUCACAGAUUUAGUUAAAAGUCCUACAAAUGUUUGACACCAAUAUUGAAAAUUAGGAUUCAUUUAAACUGUUUUCACGUUUUAUUCUUAAAAAAAGUCAAAAACAUUUAAGCUCUUCUAUCAAUUCUUUUCAAAAAUAAGGCAAACUAGACCAUCAAAACAUAAGACUAAAAAAAUAUCUUGUUAAUUUAUUAAUGCAAGAAAAUACAAAUUUUUGGGAAUUUAAUCUCGAAAGUUUCUAAUGUUAUAGUAUGCAAUCGCGAAUUCUUUUGCUCUAUUGUUUUGACCACAGUCUUAAUGCUCACUACCCACAAUAUCAAACCUACAUGCAUUCCACAGAGUGGCCACUGGCUCUAAGAUCACACUCACUAGUCCCGAUCCCGCGGCACCCACGGAACAUCUACACAACUCGGUGGUUAGCAACAGCGAUUC